CAACGUUUGAAUUAGAUUCUUGGGUGUGCAAGGUUUUUGCUUUCUCUUCCCUUUAGAAAGCGUUGUGGUCUAACAGAUCUGAUCCUACGGAGGAAUAUUCGAUAUAUCAUUUCUUUAAAAUGUGUCACAUAGUUUAAGAUUGCAGAAAAGAAACACACACUUUUUGAUCAGUUGUGAUUGUGUAAUGACUUAUCUUGUGGGAGUUGAAGGUUUUGUCCAUCAUUUCUAAAGUCUGUAAAAACGUAGCCCCCCCACCCUGGUGUUUCAAAACUCAGAUUUUUCUGAAGUGAAACUAGAACUUGACAAAUGCUGAAAUGAAAUUAGGCAACAUAGACGUAAAGCUCAACAGAUUACACCUCGCUCCAUUCAAAGCACGGAUGCAGGUUUUCUAGGCACAUGGCACAGAACAGGUCUUAAUAAGACAGGCCCCUGGGUCAUUUGGAAACCGUGCAGAACAAGCGGCGUUUGUCUCCGGCCCCCUGAAGCAGAAGUGGCAGGAGAAGGAAGUCUACGAUUGGCCACUUCACGCAAACACAACUGGGCGGUCCCACAGCAAUAGUGAUAUAGGGAAAAGACACUAGUCCUGCAGUCAUCAAACCUGUCACAUCAGUAAUCUGGUGGCCCUCGGGUUGAAGUGAUUAUUGGGACCUGUAAGAGAAAGCUAAAGGCCUGGCCUUUAGUACAGAUUAGAGCAUUGAGGUCCUGAGAUCCUAACUGAGAGGUCUUGAGCGGGAACGCGAACGGACGCACAAGGAGAUCCAGAAUGCCACAUUUAACUGACUGUAGUUUCUACAAGGUCCAAGGCCAUCUGGAGAGCUCCAAGUAUCACCACCACCAGACCCAGCAGGUCAAACAGUAUUUAACAUUAGGGAGCAAACUCGGCAGCCAGGCCCACCCGGUCGCCCACCCUUACCCGGGCCAAGCCCUGGGCACGGUGCCCGUCAUGCGUAACGGACACAUGCCGACGGUGACCGACAGCAGCACCCCGGGGAGCCCCGUCACCCUGCUCACGCUGGCCAACAAUCACGACGACGAGUUUCCAAUGGAUGAAGUUAUUGAUGAUCUCAUUAGCUUUGAAACCGGGUUCAAAGACGGGGGUUUGGAUUGCAUGGAGCCGGGCAUCAUGAUGCAAAAUAAUGUGUCUCUGAACAACAGCAUGCUGGAGGUCUACGGCGGCGAGCAAGAACACGACACAAGGGUCACGGCCAAAGAAAGACAGAAAAAAAACAAUCAUAAUCUAAUUGAAAGACGACGGCGAUACAACAUCAACUACAGAAUCAAGGAGCUUGGAACGCUGAUACCCAAAUCAAAUGACCCUGAUAUGCGCUGGAACAAAGGGACGAUUCUCAAGGCCUCGGUGGAAUACAUUAAGUGGCUACAGAAAGAACAGCAGCACGCCCGCGAUCUGGAGAGCCGGCAGAAGAAACUGGAACAGGCCAACAGAAGACUUCUGCUACGAAUCCAGGAACUGGAGAUCCAGGCUCGCGCUCACGGGCUGCCCAAUAUGGCCACUUCCAUUGGAUCUGUUGAGCUUUCGUCUCAUCUCCUGAAGCAGCAACAACAGCACCAGACCCAAGCGACCACUCAGGCCCAGUCUGUUCCCCCACCUCUCUAUCCUCAGGACGACCUGAGCAGCCAGGAAUACAUCCAACGGACACCCUUGCCGACAGCUUUGGGUGUUGGGAACGUCGGAGAACCGAUGGACGGCUCCGCCACCUUCUCCGACCCUCUGUCUCACUUCACCGACUUCUUCAGCAGCAGCCUGAAAGAAGAGCAACGACUGGAUGAGAUUCUAAUGGACGACGAUCUCUCGCCCUUCGGCACGGACCCGCUGCUGUCCGCCGGGUCGCCCGCCGUGUCCAAGGGGAGCAGCCGGAGGAGCAGUUUCAGUUCAGAGGAAACGGACGAACUCUGACCGCCCGGACCGGUUUGUAACACUGUGUAACUGACCUCCCGUUUCCAUUGGAUUACAAAGAGGAUGGAAGACACGCCAAUCUUACGCCAAUGUUGAGUCGGACACAUCAUAAAAAGGGAGAUUAACUGAUCUACUAACAUUGAUCUACUGUACAGCCAGUUGUGUAUGAAGGACUGUCUUCACAGCAAUGAACAUCCACUGGAAUGUUAAACAGGACAGUUCACCCAAAAAUGAAAAUUCUGUCAUCUUUUACUCAGACUUUUACGAACUUGUAUACAUUUCUUUGUUCUGCUGAACACAAAGAAAGAUAUUUGAAAGAACGUCAGUAACCAAACUCCCAUAGUAUUUCGUUUCCCUACCCUGGCAGUAAAUGGGGAUCGAGAUCUAUUUGGUUACUUACGUUCUUCCAAAUAUCUUCCUUUGUGUUCAGCACAACUCAGUGAGUUAACGAUGACAGAAUUUUCAUUUUUGGGUGAACUGUCCCUUUAAAUGUAUAAAUGGCAUUGAUGGAAAGGACCAGUUUAAAGGAGUUAGGGAGGGAUCAUUUGUGCCUUAUCUGACGCUGGCAAACUUUCAUGCAUUUAAAGCAAUGCUACUGUAAUUAUGCUAGGCAAAAAACCUAACACCUUUUUUAAAGUUUCAUACAUAAUGUAUUUUUUCAGAAACACACCUGUUUAUGUAUUUAAAUGUCUUAAUCCUUGUAAUCUUUAAAUAAAUAAAGGAAAAAUAAGACUAAAUGUAACGAUACUCUUUAUAUACGUAUGAAUCCGGGGGUGGGAA